CUAGGGCGGGCCUUUUGUGUGUCGCUGCUACAGGGAUACCAAGAUGGAAAUUCAGGGGCUAUCUGAUGCCCAAAACAUCCACUCUCAACAUGGCGCCCUACAUGGAGCCCCUUCGUCCCCGCUUCGAUCAGCGGCAGGACCGAGAGCUCAGCCGGAGCAGUGUGAACCACACAGGGACAACAACAACAACACCAGGCCGAGGACAUCUGCGUUUCGCCUGCUGGCGGAAAAUGGCAGCGGGACGGGCUGUGUACCUCUUAGCAAACCGCAGCCGGCGAACCGAGCUCACGUACCGGGUCACAAACAAAGUGCCGGACUUCAUGACGUGAACACGGAGAAAGAAAACGAGCUCAACGCCCUGCUCGGUUCCCACGAGUCCGUCAGAAGUGCCUGGAGACUCGGUGCGGAGAGUGUGGACAGCGGAAUGCAAAUGGCGCUGCCUCUGUUUGAAGGGGAAGAGGAACCGGAGCAGCAGCGGCAGCUAACGUUACCAUUUCCAGGUUUACGGCAGCAGCAGCAGCAGCGUGAGGACGGCGCCUUCAAGCAGCCUCCACUGGGCAGCCGAGUCUCCGCUGCGCCGGGGAGCUUCGGCGGGGCGAGCAGGGCGGACAGACCCACCCCGGAGUUAUAUGUGGUUUUUAACGUGCUUCAAGAGGAUGGCGAGGAGAGCCAACCCGGGGCGGAUGUACCGUGUACGGACGGCGGUAAAGUGAAGGGUAAGAAGCAGGAGUGGUGCACAGCGCGUCCCUUCAUGGAGGUGGGGAACGGGAGUAACCUUCUUCUCCGUGAGUCCAGCGACAGCCCGAGCUGUGUGGACGUACAGGCCGUGAGUAAGACGGAGCAUGUUUUCAAUGUGCUGAACAGUGGCUGUGCCGCUGUGUGCGCUAAACAGGCUGCGUGUCACCGAACCAUCGAGGACGUAGUUUUGACCAACAAAUAUGGCGAUAAGAUAUGUGGCCAGAUUUGCACAGAAAACGACGGAGGUAAACUGGCGCUUUCUCCGCAGUCCCGUGUCGACGACAGCAGUGCCUUGAUUUCAGGGAGCUCGGGCGUCGCGGAAGCCAUGGACACCUCGGACUUUAUUUCAGACUCAUCGGGGCUGCAGGACGAUGCAGAGCCCGUCACGGCCUCCUCGAGUCCGCCUGCUAGCGAAACCUUUUCCGGAACUAUUAUGAUAAACAACCAAAGCAUCGUAGUGACCAUAGAAAACGGGAUCCUGACUCUGGCUGCUCCGCCAGAGGGUCACGUGCACAAAGAUGAUGACAUGGUGAGCUUGAAGGAGCAUCUGGGCAUGAAAGACCAUGAGGAUAUUGUUCUGCUGAACUAUGAAAGUGGCACUAAAUCCAUCGGGAAGAUCAGCACAUUAGCAGUAUCCAGCACCAGCCAGCAGGAAGAGCCCAGAGCUGGUUUGUCAGUGAGUGACUCUGAGCUGGCUCUGGUCGAUGACUGCUCACUAUCAGAGCUGGGCACUUCUCUGGACUCCUGCACCAUCAUCAAGCAAGAGCCAGGGGUCCUCUGUGCAGUGACAGAGGCUGAUCUGGUGACCCCAGCCCCCAGAUUAACUGUGGCGGGCUGUGACAGCGAGGAGUUCCAGUCUGUGCCACCAGUCCGGUCUAAGAAAGAGACGUUGGCCUCUUUUUGCUGCCCAGAACCAGGAUGCUCCAGCACAUUUGACACACGCCAGAAACUCAAGGUUCACCUCCUGAACCAUGCAGAGGAUCCCCGCCCCCACCAGUGCACCGUAGAGGGCUGCGGCUGGGCUUUUGCUACCUCUUACAAGCUAAAGCGGCAUCUUCAGUCCCAUGACAAGCAGCGGCCACAUACCUGCCAGUUUGAAGGCUGUGGGCGGCGUUUCACCACCGUGUACAACCUCAAGGCUCACGUCAAAGUCCACGAGCAUGAUAAUUCCUUCAUCUGUGAGAUCUGCAGCGAGAGGUUUCGCAGCGCUGCACGACUCACCAAUCACCAGAGGGUCCACUUUGAGCCUCAGAGACCCCACAAGUGUGAAUUCCCAGGCUGUGAGAAAACCUUCAUCACCUUCAGUGCCCUCUUCUCCCAUAAUCGCACUCACUUCAGAGAAACAGGCCACUUCACCUGCACUUACCCAGGCUGCGAUAAGACGUACGACAAGGCCUGUCGCCUCAAGAUCCACAUGAGGAGUCACACGGGUGAGAGGCCGUUUGUCUGCGACUCUGAGGGCUGUGCCUGGUCUUUCACCAGCAUGUCCAAGUUGUUGCGACACAAACGGAAACAUGAUGAUGACCGUCGCUUUGUUUGUACGGAGGAGGGCUGUGGCAAGUCAUUUACCCGGGCAGAGCACCUCAAGGGUCACAGUAUCACCCACCUGGGUACCAAGCCCUUCCAGUGCCAUGCAGAAGGCUGUAAUGCCAAGUUCUCUGCACGCAGCAGUCUGUACAUCCACUCCAAGAAGCAUAAGCAAGACAGCAGCACCCUGAGGACCCGAUGUCCUGUGGCCAACUGCUCCAAGCACUUCUCCUCACGCAGCAGUCUUAAGAGCCACAUGCUCAAACACCACCACCUCAGCCCCGAUGUUUUGAACCAAAUGGAGACCACGCCCACCUUGACCCCCAGUAGCGAGCUCAUCAGCUCCACCUCAACAACAGUUGCUGGGCCUGGUAUUGCCGGGGGCGAUCAGCUGACCCACUUGGACCUCAGUUCUCUUUUCUCUGCUGUGCCUGGAGGCACUGCGCCCACAGCUGGUAUUGGAGCGGGAAUUCCUGUUGGCAGUAGCACCUCGAACAGCGCCUUCACCAUGGACCUCUCCCUGGUCAGCUCAGGCAUCCUGACCAUUGACCCCUCCUCAGUUGGGACCACUCUCUGUAACAGCUCGAGCACUACCUUGGCCAAGACUGUUGACCCUCUUAUUUUAGCAGCCGGUGCUGAUAUGGCCCCCCACCACAGUCUUGAGGGAACAGUUGGUGAUGUCCUCCCCCCACAGGGCACCCUUAACCUAGAUGAUGUGCAGACAGUUACCCCAGAGGCCCUGGGUACCCUCACAGCUCUCACCUUGCAGGGUGCUGGUGCCUCUGUGGACCCCACUCUGCACCACCCACUCAGCUCCUCCAGCGCUCUGAGCGUGGAGGCCACAGCUACACUGGCUGUGGCUCCUGUGGCUGAGCUGCUGACCUCACCCUCUACAGUGGUUGAGGUUGGUGGUCAGGGGGGAGCAGGACCACUGUUGGGCUGUGUGGAGGUGUUGGGGCCUCCGGAAGGAGGAAAAGUCCUCACUCAGUUUGUUUUUCCCACUCAUGGCAGCAGCUUCAGCCCUCAGAAAGACCCCGAACUCAACGCUGUGUCACCGAGCAGCUUCCUAGAGAGUGGAGGUUCAGCCAGGACUGACUAUAGAGCCAUCCAGCUGGCCAAGAAGAAGAAGAAACAAAGAGGCCCAUCAGCCUCUGGUAACACACUCAUCAUUUGCUACUGCUCAUUCAGACGAGAUAAAAACUCAAAUCUAAAACAGUGAGUGAUGGUUAAGUUGUUGUUGUCAAAUCCAGGCACUUCAGGAUUGUGUCAAAGAAAAACCAAAGGAGCAAAGGCAGCUAUUGCUCCUGGAUCACUGGCUCCCUCUGGUGCUCGUUAUGGUGAGGGAGCUGCAACAGCCAAUGGGGGCCUGACUCUGCGAGACCCCGUCACAGGCACCCAGUAUGUCCAGAUUCAGUUGCUGCAGGAUGACCCAGCCAGUGAUGGAGAUCUGGCCUUUCAGCUAAGCUCUCAGCCCUCCAGCUCCCACUCUCAGCUCACUGUCGACCUGCCUGUCAACAUUUUACAGGAACCUUCAGUCAUGGCCGAGGAUGACAACGGCUCCGACAACUCCCAGUUCACAGGAAGCACAAUCAACCUGCAGGACCUGGAGUGAGCAGUAGAGCUGCAGGUCAGAGGUCUCUCUGGCUCCUCAUCACUGUCCACAGUUCACGUCAACUCACCUGUGAUGUUUGUCUCCAUCAAACAGUUGGCCCUAGCUUUGCCAGGACUUUAAAAGCCUUUUUGGACAUGUGGUCGAUAUGGUUGGAGGAGGGGGUGGACGUGAUGUCACAGAUAAUGCACCUUGAGAAGAGAAUUUGAGGAUUCUUUGUUCAGAAGUUUAUUAUUAUAGUGUUUGUUUCUUAAGUCCAGUUUUGUACCAAAAUCGGGCCGGAGAGCACUGACACGUCAGUGGCUCCGACUGCUCUGUCCUGUGGGUGUUCGCAGCAUCGGUGUCUAUUCCAUGGUGCCACAUUGCCAAUCAUGCACACACUCAGUGUGCCGUCUACGCUCCAGUUGCCUUACAGACGCCGUGCACACCUCCGCCGGAAGGUUAUCUGCUUUAUUUGGUGCCAUUUCGAUUUCUCAAGUUUUGUUAGAUUUAUUUUUCUAUGUUGGUAGUGAGAUCAUGUUGAAAACAUGCCUGUUGAUGUGUCUAUUUACAGUAUAUAAUAACUGGCUACCUUCCCGUAAUAAUCUCAUCUGUUUGUUUAUUUAUUAUUUAGCUGUGGGUUUACAGAAUGGCUGAGCCAAACACAGAUGGAUUAAAGAUUUAAAGCACAAUCACA